AUUGUAUCAAAUGUACUCGCGAGCGAUGUUGUUGCAUACUUCUCGUUACUAGGAUCACCAGAUUUUCGUGCAUGUUUUGCAGUCAUACUAUUCAGAGAAGUUUCGUGGAAUUAAAAUCGCUUGUGGACUAUACAAAUCGAAGAGAAUUCGGUAAGACUGCAUGUCACGAACAUCAGAGCGUUUCGGACAAGCUCACGGCCCAGCGAUCUACUAAAGCUCUAAUAGCUGACACACCAGUCAAUUGUCGCUCUGUCUAUCUACUUCGACUUAAUUGUUCCGGCCGACUUGUUGCUGCGGCACACGGAGAUCGCUCUGUUUGUGUUUAUUGCGCUUCCACUGGCCGACUACUGUUAAAAUGCAUUGGUCAUGAAAAAUCACCUUGGACACUAACUUUUCAUCCAACACAACCCUUCUUGCUUGCGAGUGGAUGCCUUGGUGGCAAUGUACGGCUUUGGAAUUUAGAGCAUUUGGCAGUACUUGGUGAUGAAAAAAUCGAGGGCAUUGUGGAACUAUCAUCUGUAUGCGUUUGGAAGCACACGGGUGCAAUCGCAUCCCUUACUUUCCAUCCAGUUCAUCCCAUACUAGUAGCAGCAUGGACUCAAGAAGUGGUCUUUUAUGAUUGGGUAUCUGGCCGGAUACUUUCGGCAUGGCGAUUUGUAUCGAAUCAUUCACGCGUAAGAUGGGUGAAAUUCGCCCCUGAUGGAACAGUCUUAUACACAGCAACCGCCAAUCCAUCCAACAAUGAAUCAGUUUAUGUACAUAAGCAAUCUGAUCAACCAGUGGUUAGGAGCCCAACAAAAGUAGUAGCUACCAAAUACCCGAAAGAACCAUCUUAUAUCCAAGUGGAUCAUGAUGGCGUCAAUGCAACUCCCGAAGCCUCAUGUGAUCUCACAGUACCUCGUGAUACUCUUUUAGAAUAUCUUGUCAAUUGUUCUGAUUCCUGGUUUCAAAGUCUCGGUAUAUGUUCCGUUUGUUCGGUUCGUUUAUGUCGGUGGGCUGGAACUCUCGGACCUAAAUUCCCAGCAACGACGACAGAUAUUCGCCUUGGGAUGUCUGUGGCACAACAAGCCGCAGCUAUUAUGGCCACCAGUACUUCGUCCAACAUGGUACCAUCACAUGUCCAACAUCUACUGAACCUGACAAAUCCCAAUAAUCGUUCUGAAGUGUAUGAGCGUCUCUGUCGUGAUGCUAACCCAGCUGCCGUAGCCAUAAUUGAAGAUAUGCCAGUACAUGAAUUCCUUCGCUCAAGAGGCAACUACUGUCAAUCCCCAUGGGUUGCAAUCUCGAAUAACGGUGUAUGUUGUGGUGGUCAUGCUUGUGAUUUGGUGAUUACUCAUCGCGAGUUAAUGCGUCAUUCUUUAUGUCGACCUUGCCUCUCCUCGUUUUGGUCUUGGGCUAACAAACAUAUCGCUUGGUGGCGUUGGUCGUUUUCUACAAAUGAUGAACAAUCUCUAAAUUCUACGUCAAAUGCAAACAGUACAGCAGGUUGUGUACCAACUCCUAUAUCCUUUGGAAAAACGAAUAAUGCGGAAAAGUCUUCUGAUAUUGAGCCUCCUGCUGGCAUUUGCAUCCAGUGUCAAGCUAAAAUGUCCUUACAAUUACAAUCAUCACCCAGUGUGUCACUGACAUGUAACCAAUCUCCCGUUUUAUCUCAUGGAGCGGGUUCUGAACUUAAGGAAUCCGACGUCCUGUCAGUUAAUGGAAAAACCUCUAAAUCUCUCCGCUUAAUGCCGCUUGCAGCUUUGGAUCUUUUGCGUUCAAGGUUGAGUAAUGCUCAUGAAGUUACUCCAGUAACUUAUGUAGCCACCGACUUAAUCAACGAUUUUGUUUUCAGUCAACACAUCAAAAAACUGUUAAUCAAUGGCAGUGAUUCCGAUCUCAAUUUAUCUCAUACCCUGUGGGACUCAAAUAUUACUAUACCUUACAAUCAGGUGGGACAGAUAGUCGUGUGUGCCUCUUCUUCAUCUAAGCGUCGAAAAAUGGAUAAUCAAUUUCAGAACAAAAUACUUUUUAGUCAGUGUGGUAGUCAAUUAUCUUUUGACAAUAGCUCAAUUUUAAAGCCCGUGCUCAUGGAUUCUUAUCCAAAAGAUGAAUUAUUUGGAUCUAAACUUCCGAACACUCUUCUAACGUGUAAAUAUCGUUUGCCGCAGGAGGCCUCUGAUUUGGGCGCAUACACGCGCGACAACCCUGAUAACAAUUGGAAUUAUCCACGUCCUGCUACCGUUCACUACACUUCUAGUGUCAUACCUUGGAUGUCAUCGUCGAUUUUCCCGUACGUCCAGACUGGAGCUUCUCUGUUAAGAUCUCCCCGCCAACUUACCGAUUCUCUUUCGGAAUCCACUAUUGUGGAUCAAAUUUCAGGGUUGUCAACUAACAAAGUCUCUGUGAACGAUACACAGCAUGUCGACAGUUGUGAAACUGAUCCAUGUGAAGGACCCAACCGAAGUUCAAUGACUGCAUGUUGCCGUUGUGGUCGUAUUGUUCUUCAGACAUUUCCCGUUGAUCCACACUCUAAUAUCAGUGCAGUUGUUUGUGAAAAGUUAAUUUAUUCUGAAAAUCGGUACUUAACUCCUAGUUCCCAGAAAGCUCAUGGUAACAUUCAUUCACAAUGUUCAUCUAACCAAGAUCCCCAUACUCCCACAAAUCAUCCUUCUUAUCAGUUUGACUUAUCGUCAUUGAACUCUUGUCCGUCUGGUUCUACUUCUCUGUCUAACCGAUCCAGAAACGUGGAGGCUAGAAAGUCGGAAACUGCUGAAAGAUCGGUGAAUGCCGUGCUUCAACUGAUUGACCAAACAGGAAAUAAUUCUGUUUUAAAUGCAGUGAAUCGCAGUAUAACUGAAGUUAUAACAGGUCUCUUUGUUGAUAUGGGUGAAUAUGGAUCCGCCUCUAGUCUUCAAGAUGUUACACAUCGUAUUUGCCGGUGGGAACUAAGUUUAUGCAGUCCUAUCUAUAAUACUCCUUAUUUGUCUUCAUCUGGUGAACGUGAUUCAGCAAGAAGUGUGUGCUUGCCCAUGCCAACCAACGUUGCUGUAUCAUAUAACAAUAAUAGUCUUGUUGUUCCUCACGCUCGUUUGUUUAAUGAUUCAUCUGUCUGUCUCUCACCAGAUGGACGCCUUCUUGCUGCAUUUGUUAUUCCUCGAGAAACAUCGUGCUAUACAUUACAGUCAUCUCAGUCUUCCGCUUUACUCGGUACACUUCUCGCUGUGUAUCGUCUGCAACCAGAACAUAACCGUGGUCAGUGUCUGUUCGCUCGCCGCUUCACCGCAUCUAGUCCUGUAUGUGUUGACUUCAGUCCUUUAGGAGAUUUUUUGGCAGUCGGGUUAGCAACUACACGCAUACCUUCAGAACCAUUCUCUACCACGAGUGAUUCGUCUACACAAGAAAGUCUUUUAAGAUAUGGUAGUUCUUCAUCGCUCCAGGACCAUUCAGACCUCCGUCAGCCAAACGUGAAAUGUUCGUGCCAAAGACAAUCCUCUGUCGGUAAGUGUUUCGAUAUUAUUACUCUCUACUUUGAUUUGAAUGAAAUGAGCAUAUCGGUGGAACAACACGAUUCAUAAUUAAAUAAUUUUUGUCCUUUGAACAGACACAUCCGGAUUUUGUAAAUUGUACAGUUAUUUUAACAAAUAGUUCCACUGUCGUGAUUUAAAGGUUAUUCUGUAUCAUUUAUUGUAAUAACUGCAGACAAACUAUCUGUAACUGUUACGCUCUCCACCAUCUAAUGUCCCCUAGAUACUGUAUUUCUUUCGACUUUUUGCAAACCAGAACAAGCAUUGAGGGGGAACAAUAUAUAUUUCAAUUAACCUGAAAAUACAAAGAUAUAAUACUAGUAAGAUUAUAUGGAAUUUACAUGAGCACCUCUGUUCAUUCACUAGCAUUGAUUGAUGGGAAAACGGAGAAAUCAACACAUUCCGGUGUGAGUCCGAUCUCAACAGGGCUAGUCAAAGUCCUAUGUUGUGCAAACAAUAACAAUAUGGUUUAUCACUAGUAAUUUUUAAUCAAAUAGGUGAAAUGCAUUUGUAAUAAGUGUGUUUUAAAGUUCUACCUAUGCAUACUAAAGCCAAUCUAUCCUGGUUCUUCAUGAACGUGGCAAUAAUUUUUCAUUAUAAUAUUAAACAAGAGACGAAUUCAGAAUUAUUACUGUAUGCCACUAUUUAAGGCGUGAUUGGUUUCAAUAACAAUAUCUAUCAUUUUACUUAGACUUCGUAGUAUUAUCUUGUUUCGUUUCAAAUAUUUGAUAUCCUUUACCAUUUACACUAUCCUGUUUAUAGCCCCUAUUUUGUCGUUUUUGCUUGUGCCAAAUGGAUUUAUUAACUGACACUUAUUGGAAAAUCCAUUUGUUUAGUAGGCUACUCUGACGGUUGCAAUAAGCUUAGAUUGAUAUAUGUCAGCUUUUUAAAUGUACCAUUGAUGUUUAAAGUUAGAGUUGGGUAUUAUCAACCAGAUUACCUUAUAUCUAUAAUCACAAUGAAUUUCAGAAAUCAGUCAUUAAAUAUUAUAAUUUUACCGAAUCGCGUUACAUUAUUAUGUGUGUCAAUUAACUUUCAAUAUUAAAGACCAAUCAUGUUUUCACUUUAACUGUAUAUUAAUUUACACUUCACUACCAUUUAUUAUGCAUUAAGAGUCCAGUGUUAUUUUUUUACAUGUUUGCUCUUAGAAUAUGGUGAUUCAUGUUAUGUUUUUCCUGUUACUGUGGUAUUUCCUUGCAUUUCUUCACCAUAGCGUGCGUUUUCCACCUUCAACGUUCCAAAACACAUAAGGGUCAAAUUCGUCGGAGCCUGCGUGAUAUUCAAAAUAUCAAACAUCCUGCACUUUUGGAUCCUGUCUCAUCAAGAUAUCUUGAAUUAUCUAGUUCAUCUUCAGAAAAAUUAGAUCGCUGGCACCGAUUAUUACUUUCAGCUCAAAGUGGAAUCUCUUUGAAUACCAUUGUUUGGAAUGCCAAUGGCAGCAUUCUUUACGGUACUACCAAAGGUCUCAUCGUAAUUUCUCAUGGAAAUCAAUCUUCUUCCGUAUCAAUUCUACCACUCCGUUGUACCAAGUCACAUAUGCAGUCUGUGAACGACUGCGAAGUUUCUUAUAGAAGAAAACACUUUAUAAAUCAAGCACAAACUAUUACUAGUUCCUCUAACUUUUCCGUUCCUCAGUCUCGUGCUGUAAUUUAAAUACUGACUUUUUAAAUCUAUGUAUAUUUAGGUUUACUGUGCAUUUAGUUUAUCUUAAUUUUUGCUCAUUUUACUGGUAAACCCAUCCGUAAUCAUAUUUCUACUGGAUUUAAACAAAAAUAGACGCUUUAUGGCGAUUCCAAUCCCACAUUCAGAGUACCUAUCUUAAUUUUCUAUCUGGAAACCGGUAGUGAUUAAAAUAAAAAGUUUAUUUUUUAUAACUCCGUUCCAUUUUUUAAAAAUAUUUAAGUUUAUUAUACUACAGUUCAUAUAGUGUUGUUUUCUCACUAUGUAAAACAGAUUUCUACUAAAUCGAUCAUGUUUGUUUAUAAACCUGCUCACUGACUAUUCAGGAAUUGUUUGUUCACUAUAUUGUACGAUUUUAACUAUUUUCCCACUUGCGUUUUACCAAAAGCAAAGAUAUUUUGUUUCAUACUAAUCGUUUCAUUUUUGUUACGCAGAAAGUUAAUAUUUAUGUUAGAACUUGUUAUUAUGUGAAAGGUUUACUUCCUUGUGUUUGUUUUCUUCUUUUGUAUAAUCUACCUCAGCUAUGUCCCAGUGAUCUUUAAUGUUACUAACUCGGUUUUACUUUUAUUUUAAAAUUCUAACUCAUUUCUUAUUAAAAAUAUAUAUUUCCGGUUUGAGUUUUAUCUGGUCUCUUUUUUUAUUCAUAAACUUAUUUUCUUUAAUUGAGAUUACAAAGUAUCUAUGAUGAAUGUGCAACACAGUGAAUUCUUUUAAGUUUAUGUAAACUACAAGUAACUUCAGUUAUUUAGAUACUUCUAGUUGUUUCCAAUUGUUUUCCAUCGAAGUCAGUUCUGAACCUUGUAAGUUAAUCGUACCUAUUGUUAUAUUUUCUCUCAUACAACAGUGAAAAAACGGGAUAAGUCACCACUCAUUUAUUUUAUCACAUAUUUUUUCUAGUAGCUUUACGAUUUUACAGGACAUAUAUAUCUUUUUAGCUU